UCUCUUUGGCCAUUCCUCUCUUCUCAAUGACUUGACCACCUUGUCUGUCACCUUUCAAAUCUCGAGCAACGCAGCAAGAUUCCCUCUUUUGUCUCUUUUUUUCCUCGUCUGUUAUGGUUUGUUUGUUUUUCUGGUUUUCCUUUUUUUUUUGUGUGUGUGUGUGUUAUUGUUAUUGUUUCUGUUUGGUCGUGUGGUUGUUGGUGUUCUAUUGUUCAUUCUAUCUUGUUAUCUUGAAUGGUAGUUCGGUGGAAAGGCAGUUCCUAAAUAAAUAAAUAAAUAUCUACAUAGGAACAAUGGAAUAUGUAUAUGUGAA